AUGCAUGUAUACGUAAAAAUCAGUGAUACCCGACAAACCCGCUUAAAUGAAGCUCUUCCUGAGUUGAAAAUCAUUACAGACGGGCGCCCACUUUGCAAGUUAAAUGCAAAAGAUUUGAAAAUUUCAGAAAACAUCCUCAUCAAAUUCAUGCAAAAAGAAAUCACUCAGGAAUACGAGAAAAAACGGGAAAAUCUUUGCAUUUACAGAGAUGAUGAUGGACUACUGAGAUGUAAAGGUAGGAUGCAAAAUUGUCAUCUGGGAAAAGAUAUCAAGGAACCCAUCAUCCUGCCCUCGAAACACCCCAUGACAACCCUUUUCAUAAAGGAAGCCCACAGCAGAUGCGGGCACCAAGGAGUAAAUUGUACUUUAGCCGGAAUAAGACAACGGUUUUGGAUUCCAAAAGGUCGGCAGAUAGUCAAGAACUUUAUUAGAAAAUGUAUCAUAUGCAAACGUUGGAAUGGCAGACCGUACUUCUAUCCAGAUUCCCCUCCAUUGCCGCAUUCUCGCAUCGACCCCUCGCGUCCCUUUGCUCAUGUCGGCAUCGAUCUGGCGGGACCGUUCCGUAUCGUCGAUUCCGAAAAACAACAAUGUAAGCGAUGGGUAAUGCUCGCAACAUGCAUGACUACGCGUGCAGUGCACUUAGAAAUCGUAAACAAUCUUAGCGCAAACGAAACAAUCAACGCUAUCCGCCGACUAAUUGCGAGGAGAGGAAAGCCAGAAAUAAUUAUAUCCGAUAACGGUACUAACUUCACAUUGAGUAACGAUAUCUUGAAAGAUUGCGAAAACAAAAUUUUCUGCGACAAAGUGGAAGAAUUUUUGACCACGGAGAAAGUAGAAUGGCGAUUCAUCACACCACUUUCUCCUUGGAAAGGAGGGUUUUAUGAACGUAUGAUAGGUAUAAUGAAAAAUGUAUUACGGAAAUUUAUGAACAAAAGAAACAUCGAUGAGAGACAUUUUCUCACUCUCGUCAUCGAAACUGAAGCCAUG